AUCAGGUAUUUACUUGCUUUGUUUUUACUGACAAGUCUUAUGGCUAAAAUUUGCUUCUGUAACAGUCUAUUACCCAGUGCACACACGUGGUUGUGAAAAUUUAGAAUAGCUAUUAAAAAAGCAGUGAUGAAAUGGAGAUAAACAAUGGUUGGUGUAAUUCUAGCUUUGUGUUUAUGUAUCUUAAAACCAUUCUAGUUUCACUAUACAUGUAAGAAAUAGGAAAGUGUCAAAGACCAUUCAGUGAAAUAAAGUUUCGUUUAAGAUAAGAGGCAAAUUACGUCUUUAUUUCUGUUCACAAAGUCCUGUUAAUUUUUUUAAAUGUAUCAAACGUGGCUUUAAAUAUAUGGACUCGUUCAACUGCAUGUAUUUUUAUUACUAAGCUAAGAUCUAGUUUUUAUCGCGGAAUGUGACGUCCUUUCUGUCGGUGCCUUCUCACGUCUUAAUUGAAAUUACAUUGCGCGGAGCAAGCGUGCAGGUGUUCGGAGAUGCUAAUUAAAUCAAAACAAGCUGAGGUUCACGUGGAAAGUGUUCACAAACUGCUGCGCUGAAUAAAAAGACAUCCUCGUUUUAAAUCUGGUACGCAACAUGAAUGGCAGUGGUCCAGCGUAUCCUCUGGCCUCUUUGUAUGUCGGGGACCUGCACCCUGAUGUUACAGAAGCCAUGCUGUAUCAGAAGUUUUCUCCUGCUGGACCCAUCAUGUCGAUCCGCGUGUGCCGGGACAUCAUCACCCGCAGAUCCCUAGGAUACGCCUAUAUAAACUUCCAGCAGCCAGCUGACGCGGAGUGUGCCUUAGAUACGAUGAACUAUGACGUCAUUAAGGGUCGACCCAUUCGGAUAAUGUGGUCUCAGCGUGACCCAGGUCUCAGGAAGUCCGGUGUGGGAAACAUCUUUAUCAAGAACAUGGAUGAGUCCAUUGACAACAAGGCGCUGUAUGAUACCUUCUCUGCCUUUGGCAAUAUUUUAUCCUGCAAGGUUGUCUGUGAUGAGAAGGGAUCAAAAGGCUAUGGCUUUGUUCACUUUGAGACUCAGGAGGCUGCAAAUCGGGCCAUUGAAACAAUGAAUGGGAUGCUUCUGAAUGACAGGAAAGUGUGAGUAAACUUUCACUGA